GCCCCGCCCCCGCUUCCCCCUUGCUGUCUCGCUCGGCCUGUGCUGCCGCCGCCGCUGUGAGCCCGGCUCCACUCCGUCUGCUCAGCCGCCUUCCUCUGUGAGCGCUGCCCGGCGGGCCGCCAUGGCGAACGUGGCCGACACUAAGCUGUACGACAUCCUGGGCGUCCCGCCCGGCGCCAGCGAGAAUGAGCUAAAGAAGGCAUACAGAAAGUUAGCCAAGGAAUACCAUCCUGAUAAGAAUCCAAAUGCUGGUGACAAAUUCAAAGAAAUAAGUUUUGCAUAUGAAGUACUAUCCAAUCCUGAAAAGCGCGAGUUAUAUGACAGAUAUGGAGAACAAGGUCUUCGGGAAGGUAGCGGCGGAGGUGGUGGCAUGGAUGAUAUUUUCUCUCACAUUUUUGGUGGGGGAUUAUUUGGCUUCAUGGGCAAUCAGAGUAGAAGUCGAAAUGGCAGAAGAAGAGGAGAAGACAUGAUGCAUCCACUCAAAGUAUCUUUAGAAGAUCUGUAUAAUGGCAAGACAACCAAACUACAACUUAGCAAGAAUGUACUCUGUAGUGCAUGCAGUGGCCAAGGCGGAAAGUCUGGAGCUGUUCAGAAGUGUAGUGCUUGUCGGGGUCGAGGUGUACGCAUCAUGAUCAGACAGCUGGCUCCAGGAAUGGUACAACAGAUGCAGUCUGUGUGUUCUGACUGUAAUGGAGAAGGAGAGGUAAUUAAUGAAAAGGACCGCUGUAAAAAAUGUGAAGGGAAGAAGGUGAUUAAAGAAGUCAAGAUUCUUGAAGUCCACGUAGACAAAGGCAUGAAACAUGGACAAAGAAUUACAUUCACUGGGGAAGCAGACCAAGCCCCAGGAGUGGAACCGGGAGACAUUGUUCUUUUGCUACAAGAAAAAGAACAUGAGGUGUUCCAGAGGGAUGGAAAUGAUUUGCACAUGACAUAUAAGAUAGGACUUGUUGAAGCUCUGUGUGGAUUUCAGUUCACAUUUAAGCACCUUGAUGGACGUCAGAUUGUGGUGAAAUAUCCCCCAGGCAAAGUAAUUGAGCCAGGAUGUGUCCGUGUAGUUCGAGGUGAAGGAAUGCCGCAGUAUCGUAAUCCCUUUGAAAAGGGGGAUCUUUACAUAAAGUUUGAUGUGCAGUUUCCUGAAAACAACUGGAUCAACCCAGACAAGCUUUCUGAACUAGAAGAUCUUCUGCCAUCUAGACCAGAAGUUCCAAACAUAAUUGGAGACACAGAGGAGGUAGAGCUUCAGGAAUUUGAUAGCACUCGGGGCUCAGGAGGUGGUCAGAGGCGUGAAGCCUAUAAUGAUAGCUCUGAUGAAGAAAGCAGUAGCCAUCAUGGACCAGGAGUGCAAUGUGCCCAUCAGUAAACUCUGGAAACAAAUUGCACAGGUGGAUUUUGUUUCCACGUUUGCCUGGUUUGUUUUCCGCAAUCCAGCUGGAGAGUCUGGAGAGAUGAACUGAUGGACAUCUGUUGGUCUAUGUGUAACUUUUAAAAUUGGUAUAGUAUCUACAGAGUGUAUAAUUUAAACUAACCACAAAGCUUUACAUCUUCAUUUUGACUGUUCUGUAGCAGAAUAAAGCACUUGAAAGGAAAUAAGACUCCCUUUCACACAUGGGUUAUGAGUUUCAAUCCUGGUAUCUGUGCUUGAUUUUUACCAGUUUUGUGUAGAUUUUAUGUUUCAUAUUUUAAAUUCAUAUCCCACAUUGUAAAGUUUGUGUACAAUUUGUCCUGAAGCUUUGUGUUUGGCUGCACCUGCAUAAGCUGCUACAAAUAGAAUAAAGAAUUUCAUAGCCUGUAUCUAUCAUUUAGAUGCAUGGAAAAAAUGGGCUUUGCACACAAUGGGUUUGGAGCUGACUGGGAACAAUGGAAAAAAGUAACAUUAGCUGAGUUGUGGUUGUAAAAUUUUUCAGUUUUUUUUUCCCCUUUCUUUUCUUUUUUCUUUUUUUGUUUUUCUUUUUUUUCUUUUUUUUUUUUUUUUACCAUCUUGUGAAAGGUUUCUGAAAUGCGAUAAUAAAAAGCAGUUGGUGUAAAUUACUCUUUGUCUUACAUUUUUAGAAGGAAGAACAUAUUUUGAACUGUAAAGUGUAUCCUUAAACUGGAGAAUGUAUCCUUAGUUCUGCUUCUUAAACAGCCCUUAAAAACCCAUUGGUCUGAAGCUUAUGCCUCAGGCACAUGCCCAUUUUAUAGUUCUAAAAGGCAAAGGAAAGUUUGAUAAUGUUGGUAGAAACAGGCUUUAUUGGCUUCAAUUAAUGCUUUGUAGAGUCAAGGACAUCUGAGUUAUGUAACUCAUAAGUAAGUUAUGAUCCUGAGCACUGGGGCCGGGUUAACCUAGCCUCUGUAUCUCCCCACUCCACCGACUUUUUGAAAAAUAAGGUAACAGCAAAUCAACAUUAGAACCAUGUCUGCAUAGAACCUGUUAAAAUGCUCUGUUUUCAUUAAAUGUUAAGUUAAAGAUU